AUGUUUUUAAGAAUCGGUAGAAAUUCAUCUCAGUUGGGGUACAAUUCGAAACAAUCGUUGAAGUUUCUGAGUUCUGCUUCAAAGGGGUUUGUUACUGAUACUAAUGAUACUAAUGAAAAAUUACAAUCGAAUUUCACUUACAAAAGGUUCAAUUCAACUAUCUCUACGACAGAUGGUGUUAGAACUAAGCCUAUCGCUAAACGUGAUGAUUUAGAUAAAUUGAAUUCUUUCCAAGGUAAUAAUGGUAAUAAUAGACGAUUAUAUAAUAAAAGGAAUGGUAAUAAUAAUAAAAGUAAUAGACGUAAUUCAAUGAGUAAACCAAAUGAAAUAGACAGUUCAUCUCCAUGGUAUAAUCAAAUUUGUGCAUUUGAUGAUUAUGUUAUGCAAUCAUUAUCAUUCUCUAGAGACGUACCAAGACAAAAUAAACAUAAUGGUACGGGGAGUGAAUCUUUAAUGUUUUGGGAUUCUUUAGCUAGAGCAAUGUCGUUAUAUAAUGAAUUGUUAGAUUGUCCACAUCUAAAUGCUUAUAGAGUCUGUACAUUGAUUAAUCUUUUGCAUAAUGGUCUAAGAAUUAAUAGAGGCCAACUCAUGAGAUUGAAUAAGAAACCUGAUUUUGAUUCAAAAUCAUUUAAUAUCGAAAUCUCUAAAAAUAUUACACUUUAUUUAAGAGAAAUUGCUAAUAAUAUUUUAGAUGGUAAAGUUGCAUGUAAUGAAUAUGGUGCUAUGCAUUUAUUAACAUCUUUUAAAGAAUUGAAUAAGAUUGAUGAAGCUGUAAACACUUGGAAGCAAGCAAUGAAGAAACCGGAAUUAGUUGAUUUUUUCAUUCAUCCAAAAGUUGUUGGAGUAAUGUUACCUAUACUUUUUGAAACACAGACAUUUACAUUCGAACAAUGUAAACAACUUUAUGAAUCAAGUAGACAAAGAAUUGAUUUUCAACAUCCAAAUUUAAGUUCAGGUUUUAUUGUAACAUGUUUAUUGGCAAAAGAAAAUCUAUUAGCAUUAGAGACAUAUUCUAAAUUCUGUGAUAAUUGUAGAACUGAUCAUUUCAAUUAUUUAGCAGAAGCUCAUUUAGCAUUUAUUGGUCAAUGUAAAGAUAUCGACAUUGCUUAUUCUUUCUUCGAAAGAGCCAUCAAUUCAGAUAUGCCAUACAGAGUUAAUCUAAACGUUUCACAAGUCAAUAGUCUAUUAAAUAAUACAUGGAUAGAACUUGAAGAUUUUGAAAGAGUUAAUAAGACUUGGUUAACGGCGUUAAAAUUUUACAAAACUAAUGUCGCUUAUAAGAAUCGUAAGAUUACAGGUAUAUUAUCAUCUUUGAAUAAUAUUUACUUCGAAAUAUUUUUCCAAAAAUAUCAAAGCGACGCACUUGAAGGUUUUAAAGAAUUACAAAAGUCUCUUAAUGCAUAUAUGGAGAUUAAUGGUACUUUAGAUGAACCUCUAUUAAAUAUUAUCCUUACAAAAUCUGCAAUUUGGCAAAAUCUUGAUAUUAUUAAUUCCUUACUGAAAAAUUUUGAAUUACACAAUUUACCACAAACAAUAAUCACUAAAAGAAUUAUUUUGAAAUGUUUAGGUUCAAUUGAUAGUAUUACCCCAAUCGAUAUUAUUAAAAGAUGGAAUGAUAUGAUAAUAAAGGGAGACCAAAUGGGUCAAACAUAUAUUGCAAAUGCCGAUUGGGCUGCUCUAAGAGAUGCCACUUUAGGAUGGGCCCAAAGACAUAUGGAUACCCCCGAAGGAAAAAGUAGAACUGAGCUUUAUUUCAAACUUGUAAAACUUUACAAGAUAUAUUGUCGUGAUAAUGGCCAAUCGAAGAGAAUAACAGCGGGAGCUGGUAUCAAUUUAUCUGUUGCCCAAAAGUUCCAAGAAGAAAAUAAUAUUAAUACAAUAAGCACAGAUGAUAUCGAAAUCCUGAAGGAUUUGCACAGUUUAGAAAUUAAUGAUUCUUUAGCUUGA